GUCUGGUCACACUCGUGAAAAUGAUUUCUGCACGUUUAUUUACUACCUGUCGUUUAUUUUCAACAAAUUUUCCAAAAAAUGCUGUAAAUAAGAACGCUGUGGGUGGAAAGACCCUUGUUGACAGUGUGGCAGUGACCAGAAAUGGAAAAACAAUUGUUGCCUGGCAUCCAGACACUCCGUUCCCCUACGAACAUACAAAACCGCUGCCAUCGAUUGUCGAGAACCAAACAUCCGAAGUUAUUAAGGAGUCUGCGAUGCAAACGGCUAUGAGUGCAUUUAAAAACAAACUUCCAGAGGUGGCGCGUCAGGAGCUAAUGAGGUUGACACAUACUACAAAGCACCGUUGGUUCCCUCGGGCACGUGACAAGAAGGCCAAAAAGACGCCCAUGGACCGGCCUUACUUAUAAAUACAAGAUUACAUAAGUGCACUUUAUAGGCAAUAAAAUUAUGUUUAUAAAU